AUGAUAUUCUCGUGUUGCUGGAGUCUUAUCUUCACGACUUUCAUAGGAUCUGCGUCACCAGAUGCUAAAGCUGCACGUGUGGAUACGAAUWGUACUUCGUUUGCCCAGCCUUACAACAACUCUGAAAGUCGUUUGAUUGAGCAUAUUUUAACUGGCUAUAACCGUCAAAUYCGACCAGUGCAAAAUGUAUCCAGUCCUGUCAAAGUAAGAUUUGGAAUAAUGCUUAAACAGAUCAUCUAUGUGGAUCUGCGUCAUCAGAUGUUGAAGCUUCACGUGUGGAUACGAAUUUAUUGGAAAGACGAGUUCAUAGGUUGGAACCCAGAAGAUUUUGGGGGCUUAAAAGCAGCUGCCAUUAAUCCUGAAAAUGUCUGGACUCCAAAACUUGCUCUAUACAACAGCGCAUCAGAUAAGCCUGGUGAGAUCAAUUUCAAGAUGAUAUAUAAAGUAUUGGUCACACACACUGGAGAAAUGCGUUGGACGUCACCUUCAAUCAUCUCCUCUGACUGYGGAAUGGAUGCACUCAGUUUUCCUUUUGACAAACAAAAGUGUUUCCUCGAAUUUGGKUCUUGGGUAUUUGAUGGUAGCAAGCUGGACGUUGAUCUUCAUAAACCAUAUGUCGACAAGGAGUCUUAUUCUGAAAAUGAAGAAUGGCUUUUAAYUGGUGACAAGGCUGAGAAGCGGGUGAAAAAAUACAGCGCCUCAUCAGAUCCCUUCCCCUCAGUAGUUUUUACACUAGAGAUGGAACGAAGAGCAUCGUUUUUUGUGCGUAAUGUGAUCGUACCUUGUGGACUCAUGACAUUCAGCUCGCUCUUUUCGUUYAUCAUGCCACCUAAUUCAGGAGAAAGAGUAUCUUUYCUUACAACUGUUCUUGUCGCUUUUACAGUUUACAUGAUGAUUGUAAACGAAGAAAUUCCACCUUCUUCAACUGUGCCGUUAGCUUCCAAGUUUUUCUUAUUUCUGAUGGUCCAACAAGGCCUAUCUAUUAUGGCUACUUGCUUUAUAAUAAGAUUCCAAAGUAACGAUUCUCCGAUACCCAAGUGGUUUGACGUUCUUGUCAACAAAUGGCUGGCUUAUUUGCUAUUCAUGCAACCUGAAAAGAAUUCUGUUGUUCCUGGAAAAGAUGACCUCCUCUUCAAAAGAAAUACCUUUUUAAGCAAAGUYUAUCGAAAUGAAGGUGAUGCCCUUUCUCGGGACAGAUCCCACCCUACAAACUCCAAAACCGAGGCUCCAGACAGUAAUAAUGAAGCAGGAAAAAAAGAACUUGGAACAAAUGAUGUGGUACAAGAACAGUUGUAUAAGCUCCUCGAAGAAGUUAAAGUUCCAGUCGACUAUUUACGUGAGAUUAGAGCAAAGGAAAAACUCCAAAAUGAUUGGAUUUUUGCCACAAGAGUUUUAGACAGGUUUUUUCUACUCGUUUUGAUCGCGAGUGUUUGUAUUUGCAUGUUGUUAAUCCUUYUGGUUGGUAAUGGUGUGAUUCUGAGUAGUGAAGCUUCAUAAUUCCAUUGGUUUUCCAUGUGACAUUCGUGGACCGAUUUAAGAGUUGAACUUUUAAAUGGAUUACAUACAUUCAGGGGUCUAGCUGACUGGUCGUUUUCAUAACACACGUCUUUUGCUAGUUUUUUACACACUACAUCAAUAUAGCUACAUUCCUGGACAAAAAGAGUUGAGAAUGUUUUAAAAAUAGCUGAAUGUUGAAAUGUCUCCUUUUACUUUUUAUCUUUUUCUGCCCUCCCCCCGCCCCUCUUCGCUCAAAGUUUUACUUUAAAGAGCACACAAACAUGCUGGAUUGUGUUUGAGUGCUAACGACACUGUUUUUGGGGGAGGGGAGGGGGUAGGUAGGAUGUUUUGUUUUGAACUGACCUGAAGGGUGCWGUUAGGCUACRUUCACAUGAGGCCGGUUCCGUUCAGAACCGUUCUAGUUUAGGCGCGCGUUCACACUGGAACUCUGGAACUGGCCUCAUCUGAGGCUGGCAAAGUGUUCAGGUUUGGGGCCGGCUAAAAAGCCGUUCCACUUUGAGGACAGGCCACUUCGAAGCAUGAACGGAUACGUGUGAACACUGCUUCAAUCCGUACCGAAAUGUGGACGGUUCCGUGUGAACAGUGGGAAUUGUCCUAAAACCGAGGUGUCCUCAAACUUGAGUGGCCCGUGUAAACGUAGUCUUAUUCUCGACCGUUUUUGUCCAGGGUGGAACAACAGCGUGGAACGAAGUYAUAGAACUCUUAGACUUGAAUUGUUUGUUUUUUUGGUACGAAUUUUCUUUAAGCACUGAAAUCUUCGAAAGUGAAGAGCACACUUAGUAGAUUAUAACUAUAAUAAUUAGACCCUCUGGAAUCAUUGAAAUAGUCAAAGUAUUUCAGAUAGGAAGCCCGAGUAAAGGUUUAUUUCUCAGAAUCAAACGGUGUUGCAGAUUUGAGCUCGGGCUUUCUUGAAGAAAAUUAUACGGCUACCUUUCAAGAUGGCGCAGGGAACCGUGAAGGAGACUACUGUUAUAGCUCCUGUUUGGUUGAUCAAGUUAUCGCCUGGUGUAAGACAGCAUAGAAAUAUUGGAAUGGAUGAUCGAAACAGCAAGAAUUGGAUAAAAGCGAACCUUAUAAACCAUUCCAUAAAGUGGAAUCUAGAUGUGUUUUCAAGCAGGCACCUAUCCCUCUUUAUCCUUACGAGCGAGAAAUUGAAAUUAAUCUUUGAAUCAACAUACUCGACGGUCAGGAUAAAAGGUUUUCAAUUUUUUCUUGCCCGCGCACGUUAAAUUUUUGUAAAUAUACUAACAAAUAGCAAUUGAAAAAAGAGGGUCCAGUUUUGGAYUAGCACCUAUCAUAAAUUAACUAAAUCUCAAACCAUGUUUUAUAAUUGAUUUGAUUUCAUAAAGUAGAGUCUUCCAAUUAGUAAACGCACGAAUCAUGGGAAAUGUUAGCAGCUUUUUGCUUUUAGUGUUACUACCCAGGCCUAUUUUCAAAAUAAAGGAAAGUUGAGCAAUAUAA